UUUCAGGUGGAAAGGGAAUAAUUUAACAUCAUCGAAAUCUUAUGGUGUCUGUUGAAUUAUUAUCUAGUGAAACCACAUGAAGAAACAAAAUAUUAAAUCAAAGCUAAUAUAAUAUGGGGUUGUUGUUUUUUAGGUGUAGGACUCCAGCAGAACAGUUGACCAGUAAAAGCUACUCGUGUAUUUUUUUCCUGCCACUAGAUGGAGAUGAGACGGUAAAUUAUAACCAACCGACUUCUGUAAUGCCCGUGCACACAGCAUUUUUAAUCUGAUCGCUUGACUUGACUAAGCUGCACAAAAGUUAUCUUUACUACGCUAGUUGCACUUAGUUUAUAUUUUUUCGAACUGCAAUAACAACAGGGCAAUACCAGCCAUCAGCGCAAAAAAAGUACUCGAGACUGUGCAAAAUACUGAAACGGACUUAAAGUUCUCAUAAAGAGUGGCGUGACGAGCGCAUUGAUGGAGCAAUAAAAGUAUACAGCGAGUGCCCUUGUUAGCAGAGCAGGUGUCCAGAGUCCACUCCAGACCAGGACGUGCUGAACCGUGUUAAGACGGCGUCUGUGACUGAGGCUGUGCUCCGCUUUGUUGCUCUCCACAUCUUGAAGCCCCUCGACGUCUGUCAGGAUGCUGUCUGGGAAAACGGUCAAAGUUGUCCUUUACGAGGUUCUCCAGUUCGCCUGUCUAUGUGUGCCUUUGUUCAUAAUCAUGGAGCGCUUUGCAUCUCUGAUGCGCCACGUCCGGGGGGGCGACCUAACCGCAUAUUGGCUGGUGGUGGCUGCCUCAAUUGCCUAUGUGACUACUGUGUCCUUACUUGUGUGGGUGCCUCUGAAGUACUUAAUUCUGACGUCCAAGAGAUUCAUCUCUGAAAUAACAUCUUGGAGGCCAAUAACACUGGCUUAUGUGAUUGUGUGUCCAUUGCCAUGCUUUGGCAUUCUCCUCGCUAGCGCCAAGGUGCAAGUUGAUGGUGGCCACCGAUUAGAUCGUCUCACAGAGCUUGCUGUGUCCUUGGUACUCAUUGCACUGAUCAUUGUGGACAUUGUGGAAAGAAUCCGGCCUUUUCGCCUCACUGGACAAGCUGAGGGUCUGGAGCCUGACUUUGAGCUGCCCGCACCGGUCCUCACACACCUGGAGCAGGUUGCCACCGUGUCGUCCCAGCUCAGCCCCGAGCGAGGCCAAAACGGCUCCGUGCACCAGGCAGAGUCGGGGAAUGGGUCCUUGGGGAACCGCUGGAGGGACGCAGAAGGCUACAGCAGGCGGGCCUCUAGGAGCGCUUACCUCUACUCCUCCUCUCGCUAUCCCUCGGGACGCCUGCGUGCCUUGUGGAUCAGAGACCCGAGAGUGGAGGCGUUUGUGGAGAGCUUCAUCUUCUGGAUGGACACUACGGAGAUGGUCCGGGUGGCAGAAGUAUCCUCUGUGUACUACUCAAACUGGAUCUUUCCGGUCUAUAUACUGGCCUAUCUCUCCACACUGCGGGUGGUUGCCACACCAAAUAGCCCACUUCUGCCAUUUUUAGCGGUUGUCCUGCAAGACCUGCCCUUCUUGGUCAUCAGGAUAUGCUUGGUUGCUGUGUUUGGCCAUGUGACACCCCUCCUGUAUAUCAUGAAGAACCUACUUGUGUGCCUAACGUACGUGUAUUUCAUCUUUAUGACCAAGCUUAAGGUCUUUAACAGGACAAGCAUGUUCUGAGGACUGUAUACAUGUGUCAUUAACCGGUACAGAGAUAGCCGUAAGAGAGAAAACCAAGGGAUGAAUUUAUAGUAAAACUGGUGGUGUAUUAUACAAUAUGCUAUAUAUUGAUGAGUAGAAUACCUCAUGUGUUUUGCAUUGAAGUCAUAUAAAUGUAAAUAUUAUAGAGUUCCAUGGUAAGGUUGCUUUGAGUAAAAUGUUUUGAGAAUACUAGUUAGCUGUCUUUACACUCUAACAGCCAUUACUAAAAUAGAUUAUUAGGGAGAGCUGGGGUCCAUAAUGAACAACUUAAAAAAUGUGCCAACCAUUCAGUUGUCAGACUAGCUAGCUAGGUAAGAAUAACAAGAACAAGGCUGUCUUGGGUGACCAUGUGAUAUACAGUCCAGUUGACUGGAGAGGUGUGUGUAAAAAAAUAGCUAGACAAUGUCACUUUAAGUGAGUUGAUUCAGUUACUUCAUACUGGCCAAAAUCACUUAGAGCUUAUGCAUUUAUAUAUGAAUAUUUUGUCGUUUUUGGUCAUUUGAGAUACAUAUUUGUGUUUUACAUAUUUAUAAUAUACAGUAUGUAUAGUGAACCUGGAAUAUUUUGAAGAUACUUAUACACGUUUGAUUGCAGCCUUAGGCCUGUUUUUCUUCCAAGGUUAUGUUUACAUUUUUGUUUGUGUGCACACAUUUAGUGCAAUUUUUUUUUUUGUGGGGAACUGCUAUGGAACAUUACAUCAACAAAAAAGAGCAGGUACAAAUUACAGUAGAACGAAGGCUGAAUUUUAUAUUUUUGGUUCAGAUUCAGUUUCCGUUGCUUGAGUCUAUUGCGAUGUUCACAUGUAUUUAGCCUUGCUUGCUUGUUUUAUUCAGCCAUGUUUGUUCUUGUAUGCAUUUUCCAACCCAACAACCGUUUCACUUUUGUAAAUAGAGUUUAAGAAAUCCCAAAACAAGGACAUAAGAUAAAUAAUGUGCUUGAUG